CACACGCACACCCAUUCACCGUCGUUUCAUAUUGCAAAACCACAUGUGAAAGUAACCUUAAUUGUCCCGUAAAUGUCUGGUUUCUUUAUCUUAUUAAAUCGUAAAUAGAGUGAAUCGUUCGUGGCAAUUCUACAACAAAUCCCAUCUGCAUAAAACGGUCGUCUGCACAAUAAAAGUACACUUUCGUUGACUCCCAACUUCGUUACUGGAUUACGCUUUGUCUCAACAGAACGAACAGCUGCAGUUCAUGAUCUGCAGUACGCUAUAACCGAAAGGAAUACGUAAACGUAUCGUUGAAGUAUAUACAGCUAUAUACAUUCACGAUUUGUAUCCAGCUACUUUUCUACCACUGUUAUUGAUUUUAUUUUUACUAUAAAAGACAACAUCUAGCAAUAUGUCUUUCGAUGAGACAUCCGCGGACCGCAAUGUGGAAAUUUGGAAGAUUAAAAAGCUUAUAAAGAGCUUGGAAAUGGCAAGAGGCAAUGGAACGAGUAUGAUUUCGUUAAUCAUACCUCCAAAGGAUCAGAUUAGUCGCGUAAGCAAGAUGUUAGCAGAUGAAUUUGGAACCGCAUCAAACAUAAAAUCCCGUGUAAACCGUCUGUCCGUACUCGGCGCUAUUACUUCUGUUCAACACAGAUUGAAACUUUACACCAAAGUGCCUCCUAAUGGAUUAGUGAUUUAUUGUGGAACGAUCGUCACUGAAGAAGGCAAAGAAAAGAAGGUCAACAUUGACUUCGAGCCAUUUAAACCAAUCAAUACCUCCCUUUAUUUAUGUGACAACAAAUUUCACACUGAAGCAUUAACUGCACUUCUUGCCGAUGACAAUAAGUUUGGUUUUAUUGUUAUGGAUGGUAACGGGGCCCUUUUCGGUACCUUGCAGGGUAAUACUCGCGAAGUUUUGCACAAAUUCACUGUUGACCUACCGAAAAAGCAUGGUCGGGGUGGUCAAUCAGCGUUGCGUUUUGCAAGAUUGCGUAUGGAAAAGCGUCAUAAUUAUGUACGAAAAGUAGCUGAAGUUGCAACCCAGUUGUUCAUCACAAAUGACAAACCUAACAUUGCCGGAUUGAUUCUGGCAGGUAGCGCUGACUUUAAAACGGAACUAAGCCAGUCUGAUAUGUUCGAUCCGAGAUUGCAAUCAAAAGUCAUCAAGCUUGUCGAUGUUUCUUACGGCGGAGAAAACGGUUUUAAUCAGGCAAUAGAACUGGCAGCUGAAUCGUUACAAAAUGUAAAAUUUAUUCAAGAGAAAAAAUUGAUUGGUAGAUACUUCGAUGAAAUAUCACAGGAUACUGGAAAAUACUGUUUUGGAGUGGAAGAUACUCUGAAGGCCCUUGAGUUAGGAUCUGUAGAGACUCUUAUAUGCUGGGAAAAUUUGGAUAUUCAGCGUUAUGUAUUGAAGAACCAUGCAAGCGCUACGUCUACCACAGUAUUACAUUUAACGCCUGAGCAGGAAAAGGACAAAUCUCAUUUUACUGACAAGGAGAGUGGCGUCGAAAUGGAAUUGGUCGAGUCGCAACCACUACUUGAAUGGUUAGCUAAUAACUAUAAAUGUUUCGGUGCAACUUUGGAAAUUAUUACGGAUAAAUCCCAAGAAGGUAGUCAAUUUGUACGCGGUUUCGGAGGAAUAGGAGGAAUUCUGCGUUAUAAGGUAGACUUUCAAAGCAUGCAGCUGGAUGAAUUGGAUAAUGAUUGUUUCGAUCUGGAAGACUAUUAAAACUUCAUAAACCUGUCGUUGCAUGAUCGCGUAUGCAUAGAAAAGAGGUAAUCAACGAUGUACACCUCUUACUAUCGAUCUUAAAACUAAAUAUAUAUAUAAAGCAAAAUAUGAGAGCGAAAAUUCAUGUUCUAAAUUGAAAGCUAUAAAUCCGGCACAUGAUUACACCGAUAUGCCCAGGACAUGAACUUUGGACAAAACAUGAAUAAAAGUAAUAAUAAGCACAUAUGCAAACUGAAAUCAAUGUGAACUAUCAU